CUGCUGCUGCUGCUGUUGGAUCAAUCCACCUAAUUAUUUUGUAUUAUUAUUAGUGAAGCCCAGCCAAGCUACAGGCUCAGACUACUUACGCUAUCAUCGUCAUGAUUGAUUUGAUUAGAUGCCGAUGCAUGGUUUUAUUAGGCUAACUGGGUUUUAUUAAUUUCCACGUAAUUCCACUUCGGAAUCUCGUAGAAUCAAAUUGAAUAAUAAUUAUAUAUAUGAUGAUUCAGGAUUCAGGAAACCUUAUUGAUAAACAAAUUUAGACGAAAAUUAAAAGCCUAGCAGGCUCACGUUGCCAGCAGUCCAAUCGAUCGUUUAAUUCCUCUAGUGGUCUCUAGAGCAAGCAAAGCAGUCAGUGUCGAACAAAGAAACAUGGCAUUCUUUAAUGCAAAGGCUGGCAGGACAGUCAGAGCUGCCAGAAACCACAACCUUCCUUUCAUUUCCCAGAUGGAAAUAUGGGUAUCUAUCUAGCUAACAUAACAUUAAUAAUGUUUAUCAUCAAGAAAAUUCCCUCACUUUCUUGGCUGAUGUAAGGCCAGGGGAGGGAGACUCAGAAAGGAGAGGAUGGUCUUUAAUAUAUUCUCUUGCAACGAUUGAAGAAAAAAAGAGAUAGAUAGAUUGCUUUGCAAUUUAUUAAAUCGUCAGAAGAAAAUUUUGAUUUUUCAUUAAACUCAUUUUAUUAUGAACAUAAACGUAAAUGCUCCGUACGAGUAAUGUAGAUCUAAUGACACAAAGUUAUUCAAAUAUUGAAUUGUUCUUGUGGUGCUCACAAGAACAAUAAUUUCCACAUACUCUUUCUAUACUGUGUGGCUAAUAUUGACCAUAAGAAUUUCAUCUCUCCCUUUUCACCAUGGUUGAAUAACUAUUCCACUAUCUACCCUUCAUUGUCAUAAAGAACACUACAAAAUUGUUCAUAAAUAAACUGUGGAAACUUAUGUAUAAAAAAAAAAUGUCAUUGGUGCAUCAGAGCAUUUGUCAAGCCCACCAAUGGGAGAAUUGUUAGAGAUAGCAUCCAAAGCUGUAGUGUAGCACACAUCUUCCACACACAUUAAUUAAUAAAUUUUUUUAAUAAAAAUAAAUCAAAUCAAAAUUUUGACGUCCACAGGAAAUAAACAAUUAUGUAAGGAAUUGAAACCUGUGAAAGGACCAACUAGAGAGCAGGGAGAAAGGGACUAAACUUUCCCUAACAAAGUCCCGUGACCAAUUAACACAACAUCCAGAAAUGUGUGAGACAAGUUCGGUGAAAGGUGAAAGUGACAUUGUAUCUAAGACCCAAAUUAUUACAUGCGUUGCUGGUAAAAAAAUUGAAUUCCAAUGGGGUAAAAGAAAAGUGGGAAAAGCCCAAAAUUUUUGGGUUGGUGGUUAGUGGUUACCAUACCACAACAGAGCAAUAUUAUCUUUAGUUUUCUUCUUAUAUGAUAUAUAUCAUAGAUAGGUAACAGAAGAUAAGAGAAUGAUUGGUUAGUAAUUGUGGUGUGUGUUCUUUGAUUGGGAUGAUAGGACUUUCAUACAUCUCCAGAAGAAUUAUGUUGUUUUGGUUUGUUUCACUGGUUGGAUUAAUCAUAUCGGUGGCAAUUAAGGUUGGUUUUUUGUUUGUAGAUAUAUGGUUCGAGAAGUUUCGUAAGCAGAUAUAAAGAUUCGUUCGAAACACAAAUUUGAAGUUUAUCGAAUAUUGGUUGGUCUACAUAUAGUUUUGUUAUUAAUUGUGUUUUGUUUGGUAGAUUUAUAGAUCGAGAAUUUAAUGAGCGGAUUUAGAGAUUUGUUCAAGCAUAAGCUUAAGGUUUAUUGGAGAAUUCGGGGCACGGAUCGAGUCGUGUUUUUGUUACAUAUCCUUUCCCAUACAUGGAAUGAUGCUCAUAACCUCAUACAAGGGCAAAGCUGUGUCUUUUUCCUUUUGUUUUGAGAUUUACAUGGUACACUUCUCUUAUAUGUCGUCAUUCCCCUCUUAAUAAUAUACACAUGAUUACCAAAGGAAAAUCAUAGCCUCAUACAAGGGCAAAGUUGUGUCUUUUUCCUUUUGUUUUGAGAUUUAACAUGGUACACUUCUCUUAUAUGUCGUCAUUCCCCUCUUAAUAAUAUACACAUGAUUACCAAAAAAAAUCAUUAGUUGACACGCUAUAUUCGAAUUAAAAUGAUUUUGGUCCGACAUAUAUUGACGUGGUAUUUACCAAUUCAUGAAUUGGAUGAAAUUUCGUAUGAGCCUUCCAUUUGUCUAGGUAUUCAAUUCAUGUCAUCAUUUUUUUUUAUGAAGAAUUCAUGUCAUCAUUUUUAUAAGCCCAUUGAAUCAUGUCCUAACUUCCAUAAGAAAUUACAAUAUUAUAUAGUUCAACUGUAAAUUAUUAGCCCCAACACUUUUUUUUUUACAAAGAUUACCAACUUUUAUUCCACCAAUCCAAUGAAAGACGAGAAACUCGGUUACAAAUCUUAAAGAAGAUCAGAAAUGAGAUCAAGAAUAUUAAUCCAAUCAUCAGGAAGUGAUGCUCUAGCUUUUGAUCGUGCAACCCAAUCUGCUCUGACAUUAAGUAUUCUGGGCAUUUCUUUGAUUUUAAUGAGAGGGUUUGUCCUAAGGAUAGAAACAAUCGAACCGAUCCAUGCUGCACACCUCUAUGGCCAUCGAGUCUAUACUUCAACUGUAAAUUAUUAGUCCAACACUUAUUGGUCACAAAUUUCAAUCCUUUUCAUGUAGAAAUUAUCUUCUUUUUUUCGCUUUUAUAUCCAAAUGAAGAAGUUAUUUGCAUUAUUAUUAUCAUAAGCAAAUUAACUAGUCACGAGACCAUAUAUGAAACCAAUUUUUUAUGUCUCCCUAUAUUGAGCAUAUCAAAAUUGACUAGUGAUCCUAGACCAUGAUACCCAAAAUGCUUAUUUUUAGGGCGUGACAUAAAAUGAAAACCAAAUGAGAAAAAAAAAAUCAAAAGAUAAUUACAUAAACUGAAAGAAAACAUAUAGUGACAUAGCCUAAAGUUUCUGCCACCUGCGCCUAAGUUCUCCAUGGAGGGAACUGAUAGAGACCUUCCAUCAACCCUAUCUCUGCAAUAUAAACAGAGAACAGACAAGGCUUUGAACUUUCAUGAACGUACUAAUCAUAUUAUAUUAUCAUUAAUUCGUGCUUAAGACGACUAACCACAAACAAAAAGGCUAAUGAUAUUGUUAGCAAUUUUAAUGGGAGCUGAUUGAUUGGUUCACUUUUGCAUUGGUCAAUUAAUCCCCACAUCAAGCUGAAAAGGAAUUGGAGGAAAUAGAAUAAUGAAGUUUAAAAUAAUUUAUGGGCUGGUCCAUCGGUGGAUCGAUCCUCUCUUAGUUCAACUUAAAGUUGGUUGUUGAUUCGUCAGACUAGAAAAUAUGUACCAAAAAUGGAAACAUCCAAAAUAAUUAUGAGCAUUAUUUGCAAACCAAUAAGAUCCUAUCAAAAAGUUGAGUUAAUAAGCUGCAGUGUGAUUGGCUGGUUAUACAGCAAGUUACAGGUGGAUCUAAUGCUCUCACAAAGACCUAAUGGAAUUAAAGUUUGUAUAAAAUAAUAAUGGGUUGGUCAGAUUGGUAACGACGACACAAGUUUGAAUAUCACGAAGUCUUGAAUUCGAGUUAUGGCCGCAAAAAACUAGAGAGGUUGCAAGAAUUUGAAUACAAAUUCUCUUAAUCAAAGGCUCAAUAAUGAUUUUAUUCCAAUCACUUGGAUAACUUAGAUGAACAAGUUCUUGAUAUGAAUUUCAACACAAAGCCUAUCAUCCAAAGACUCUGCUAUCUAGCAAACAAUCAUUUUAUUUAAAUAACUCGAAUAAUUUGAGAUGAACGAGUUCUUGACAACAAUAUGAUUGUUUGUAGUAACCAACACUUUACCUUUCAAAGGGCACAAAGAAAACCUGAAUGUUGUCGACAACCAACACGAUUGUAUCAGUUAUGAAUCUUUUACAAUUUUACUAAUACACCCUCUAAAACAAAAAAAAUGAAGGUUAUCAAGGUCCGAACACAGUAUCUCUUGGUCAUCAAAAGCUAUGAGAUCAUGUUAAGAAUUAGUUAGUCUCGAUAACUCGAGCCAUUGAUAGAAGUUGAAAUGAAUCUUAUACAAUUUACUAACAACAGGUCCAUUUCGGAGAUUGUCAAAAACUCAUUAAUUCAUCACAAUAACUCGAGCCGUUCAGAAAGAAUAUGAUAUUUGAAAUUAUCAUUUCUUACCUUGUCUCUUCGAAUAAAAGUCAUUUUUAAGGACUGCAUGUCAAUAAAAAAGUUUGAUAGCAUGUCAACAAACCGUUUAAUUAUAUGGCAGAUUUUUUUGAAUGAGGUGCUGGACCGAGUUGGACUGCAAAGUUUGAUGGGAUUGAGCAAAGGAGCGGGGAAGAGGGGACAUGGAAAAACAUCAACCGCUCUUAAUAAUUCAUCAUCAUCAUCAACAACGUUCAUUCACCAGUAAUGAACUGAAGUGCGUAAUUAAGUAACUAGCUAGCUAGAAGAAACAAGGCACCAACGAUCAGGGAUAAAGAAAAAGGUAUUGUUUUC